CAGGGCAGAUUCAUUUCUAUGGAGCUGAUGGGGCACAACCUUCUUUUGCUUUCUGGGAGCCAGGCAGCUGAAUUAUGAUCCACCAGGGGUUCUCACAGGAGGGAAAGCCAUCUGAAAGACAAUGACCCCUCUCAUCUUCCUUUUCGUGGGUAUGCUUCAUCUUUUACCUUUGUGCUCAGGGAGGGCUGUGUGUAAAGAUGUUUGCCACUUGAAGACAUUUGAACAAAUAAAGGAAGAAAUAGCAGGCUACCAAGAUGUUGCUAAGGCCAUUGUAGAUCUUGCUGUGUGUGGCAAAGCCCAGAACAGAUCCUAUGAGAGACUGGCACUUUUGGUUGACACUGUUGGACCUAGACUGACUGGGUCCCCAAACCUAGAAAAGGCCAUCCAAAUUAUGUACCAGAACCUGAUGGAUGAUGGUUUGAAGAAUGUUCAUCUGGAACCUGUUAAAGUACCCCACUGGGAAAGGGGACAGGAGUCUGCUGUGAUGCUAGAGCCCAGAAACCAUUCAAUGGCCAUUUUAGGCCUUGGGAGCAGUGUCGGGACCCCUCCAGAAGGAAUUACAGCUGAAGUCCUGGUGGUGUCCUCUUUUGAUGAGCUGCAUAGAAGGGCCUCUGAAGCAAGAGGGAAGAUUGUCGUUUAUAACCAACCCUACAAAGGUUAUGGAGAAAGUGUACAGUACAGAGUUCAAGGGGCUGUAGAAGCUGCCAAAGUGGGUGCAGUGGCCUCCCUCAUCAAAUCUGUCGCUUCUUUCUCUAUCUAUAGUCCUCACACAGGAAUUCAGUACUACCAGGAUGGUGUGCCUCAGAUCCCAACAGCCUGCAUUACUGUGGAGGAUGCAGAGAUGAUGGCAAGGAUGGCUUCUCGGGGGACCAAAAUUGUCAUCCAGCUAAAGAUGGAAGCAAAGAACUACCCAGAUACAGAAUCCUUCAAUACUGUGGCUGAGAUCACUGGGAGCAAGUAUCCAGAACAGGUUGUCCUGGUCAGUGGACAUCUGGACAGCUGGGACGUUGGUCAGGGAGCCCUUGAUGAUGGCAGUGGAGCAUUUGUGUCAUGGGAAGCUCUCUCUCUUAUUAAAGAUCUAGGAAGCUUUUGGCCAAGAUGGCUUUCUGAAUGGGAGGCAAACUGCUCAUCUCUCACAUACCUACUCCAACAAAACCAUAAACUUCGUGCCAGACCAGGGCUGCGGCCAAAAAGGACCCUGCGCUUGGUACUGUGGACUGCUGAGGAGCAAGGUGGCAUCGGUUCACUCCAGUAUUACCAGCAGCACAAGGUCAACAUCUCCAACUUCAGCUUGGUAAUGGAGUCUGACUUGGGCAAUUUCAUGCCCACAGGUCUAGCAUUCACUGGAAGUGAUAAAGCCCGGGCUAUUAUGAAGGAGGUCAUGAACCUGCUACAACCCAUAAAUACCACCCAAGUCUUUGGGGAUGGAGAAGGAGUUGACAUUAACUACUGGAUCCAAGCUGGAGUACCUGGUGCCAGUCUACUGGAUGACUUAAAGCGGUAUUUCUCUUUCCAUCAUUCCCAAGGAGAUACCAUGACAGCACUGGAUCCCAUGCAGAUGAAUUACUCAGCCGCCGUUUGGGCUGUUGUCUCCUAUGUCAUUGCUGACCUAGAUGAGAUGUUGCCCAGGUAAUCAGGAGAACAAGGAAGAAGGCACAUUCUUUCCAGAAUCCAGUAUUCCACAGUGGCAAGAGCCCUCUUUUGUGUCCAAUAGGUUGAUUUGGUUUUUGUUCCUUGACUUCAAAACACACUUUUAUCUUCUGGCGCAAUGUUUCUCAACUCCUUCCUCAUUCUCUCAUUUUAAUAGCAACACUAAAAUCUUUUAUUGCCAGUGUUUUAUUGUUGUUCAAGUAUAGCAUUUUCUUACAGUUAUAAGGAAAAUUGUUUCCUUGAUGAGAGUAAAUACUUGAAUAAAUCUGUUCCUUUUGCAAAAA